ACACUGUUCACGUAGACAGCCAGAUUCUUCCAGGAAAAGCCACAAAUCUCCUUAUCCACAUUCGGGCCUCCUUCAGCAGAUCCCUGUGAUCUAGACUUUUAUUUUCUAGAGGGUGAGUUGAUUCAUGAAAGACGUGCUAUUACUGCGAAAGUGGGUGCCUUCUCCCAUGCAACGCUCCAAGAACCGCAUUCUUCUGAAAUUGGUCAUCGUGGGGGCCGGAGCCCAGGGCUCUGACUCAUUCCUCUUUGAUUGUAUAAACUGCAGCAGACAACCGAAAUCCUGAGAGAGGAGCAUCGCGUCUUCAACAGAGGAAGGACGAGAAAGAAGGAAGGUAGCCCCCACCACUUUUUACAGCGGUUUCCCCCCGAAAGGUGCUGCCGGUUGCCGUCCGUCGCCUGCUGAAAGAGUAACUUCUGAAGAUGGGAUACCUGCUUCAGGUGGUGCAGUUGUCCACAGUGGCUCUGUGUGUGCUGUCUGCGGUGGUGGAGAGGCACGAUGAGUUCACUGAAGCCGUGGAUUACCUGCGGCAGUAUGAUUACCUGCCAGCCUCUCUGGACCCCCAGGAUGAGGGACACCAAAUGGAGGUCGCAGAGGCCCUCAGGGCCUUCCAAAGGAUGGCCGAUCUGCCUGUCACAGGGAACAUCGACAAGGCCACGCUGGUGGCGAUGAGACAGCCCCGCUGUGGAGUUGCGGACCCUUUCAACAAGAAAUACAAGUACAGAGUGUUGAGCUACUGGAGGAAGAAGAGCCUCACCUACCGCAUCUACAACUACACCCCUGAUCUGGGACUGGCCAAAACCCAGGAGGCCAUCCGCCUGGCAUUCAAGUACUGGAGCGAUGUGACCCCCCUCACCUUCCGGGAGGUUCUGUCAGGGCGGGCAGACAUCAAGAUCGCCUUCCACAAAAAAGACCUCACCUGCGCUGAGCCAUUCGACGGGCCAGGGCGAGUGCUGGCGCACGCCGAGCCCCCCGAAUCGGGCCUGGUGCACUUCGACGAGGACGAGACCUGGACGGAGAGGAGCUACUACGGGACGAACCUGCGCAUCAUCGCGGCGCACGAGAUCGGCCACGCCCUGGGCCUGGGCCACUCCCAGUACAGCCGCGCCCUGAUGGCGCCCUUCUACACCGGCUACCGCGUCAACUUCCGCCUGCACGCCGAUGACAUCAAAGGCAUCCAGGCACUGUAUGGUAAACGGACGACCAGCUUAUCCACAGAGGAGCCACCUUCCACAACAACAGCAGUGCCUGGUGUGCAGGAAAAGCCGGAUCCCUGCACGGCCAAUCUGGACGCCAUCAUGCUGGGGCCCUUCAGGAAGACAUUCGCCUUCAGCGGGCAGUACGUGUGGACGGUGUCCGACAUGGGGCACAACCCCCCCAUCAAGACCAGCCUCCUGUGGAAGGGCCUCCCUGCGAACCUGGAUGCCGCCGUCCACUCCCAGAGAACCAACAAGACGUACUUCUUCAAGGGGGACAAAGUGUGGCGCUACACCAAUUUCCGGCUUGACUACGGCUACCCCAGACCUAUGACGCGCAUCCCCCCGAAUAUCGACGCUGCCUUGUACUUGCCAGCCAACAAGAAGUUUUUCUUUUUCAAGGGCUCCGUGUACUGGCAAUGGGACGAGCUGAAGUACACGGACCUCAGCGCGUACCCCAAGCCCAUUUCGGGCCUCUUCAGCGGGGUGCCCGAGCACCCGGACGCCGCCCUCACCUGGACCAACGGCAAGACCUACUUCUUCAAAGGCGACAAGUACUGGCGCAUCAACAAGCACCUGAACGCGGAGCGGGGGUACCCGCUCAGCAAGAGCGAGCGCUGGAUGGGGUGCGGCAAGUAGGCCACCGGAGGGGGCAGAACACUCGGCGGGGGCGCAGGGGAGCCCCCCCCCCCCGCCCGCUCGGCCUCCGCCGUGAAGGGAAGAGUCUAGCGCAUCGCCGGGAGCUGGUCAGGACUGCCGGGACAUGUUUCACUAAAGCAUAGCUUCACAAAAGCCCGUUCACUAAUAGCAACUGUUAGUGAACUCCGGGUUUGAAUAUAAUCAGGUGUCUGUUACUGGACGCACCAAGUGUAAUGUUACCAUAAUGUUGCCAUGAUUCACUGGAAAACGCUGCCAUAUUUCUGUGGUUAAAUGUAUAUCACGAUGAGCACACAUUUAAUUGCCAUUUCGAGGGCUUUAGAGUGGAGAAUAUCCGUAUCAGAAACAGUGCGGUGUUCAAUACAGUAGAAGAGACACUUCUGAAUUGCAGUCCCCCCCCCCCCCCCC